AUUCACAGUUUUCGCAAUAUUCUAAAAUAUCUAACAGUUAUUUCGCUUUCGUGUUGAUUUAUUUUCUUUCUUCGUGUUGUUACUUUGCUUGUAUCGUGACUAUUAAUAUCUUAACAAGCUUACACCCCGUGAUAACCUUUAACCUUUUUUUAACAUGAUUAAAAUGUUUUGAUCCUAUUGUGCUGCUAUACUCUGUAUUUUUGAGAAUCGUUCACCAUGGUUUCGGGGCUUUUGCUUUGCAUUAUUAUUUAGUUGUUGGUUUCUGGUUUUUGGUAAAUUAGGGAUUAAUCAAACGGUGCAGAUCUAAAGUUGAUUUUCACUGAUGCAUGUUGAUAGAAGGAAUUGGAAUUAAUUAAUAAAUGUGCACGACAAAUGACUCACGACUUUAAUGCAUUUCUGCGAACAAUGAUCCAAAAUUUGAACGCAACAAUCUUAAAAUAUAAGAACGAAGUUGUUCAUUUGGUAAAACGAAAUUUUAUGAACAACGAUCCAAAAUUUGAACGCAACCAUCUUAAAAAAAUAAGAACGAAAUUGUUCAUUUUGUAAAACGAAAUCUUAUGAACAGCAUCCAAAGUUUGAACACUACCUUCUUCAAAAUUAAAGGGAUUUCUUCUAUGAACAUUGAAUCUAUUUAGACGAUCAACUUUAGACAGGAAUAUAUUAAGAGUCAGUUCAGUACCGUAGUCGAGGUAAAACACUUUUUUGGCUUUAUUCUAUAAUUGUUGCUAAAAUAAUAGACUAGGUGGCGGAGUCUAUGUGAUCAAUUUUGCAGCUAUUUUCGAAUGACCAGUACGUAAUUUCACGAGUGUGUUUUGAGGUAUUGUCGGCCCGGUCUAUAGGUUUUGGCAUUUGGUCGCUGUUUGAUCGAGUCUACACGCGUGUUUUAUAUGUUUAUAGUUUUAGAGGGUAGUCAUUGGCUGGGAUAAUAUAAUAUAAUCAGCUAUUUUAGAAUUAAAAGUCCUUAUAAGGCGGUGAGGAGUGAGAGAGUGUGUCUUGUACCAGCCUAUCACUGAAUGCAAUCUAACCAGAUAGGAUGUUACUCGAGAGCUUUAUUUUUGGAGUGGCUAAAUAAUGUAGGACUUCCCUUAUAGUGUACAUGCAUAUACAUAGACAUUGACAACCCUGGUGAGAUACCAAGCUUAAUGGUAUGUCUAUAUAAGGCAACACCAUACCCAGAAUGCUUUUAUUUUAGACACCAUGGCACUUCCGGUUUUCUUCGUCCCGGCAUGAGUUUGUAGCCCCGCCCCCUUCGAAGCAGAUAAAACACUGGUUGGUUAAGGUGUUGUAUGCCUUGAUUCAUGGGUUUGGUUUUUUGCAAAUUCAAAUAAUCUUUUCCUUCCUUCGUUAGAACAUUUCAUAGGGUCGUCCCCCAUUUUUUAAGUGGCUCGAAUUUUGCUAGUUGAUUGAGAGUGAGAGUUGGUGUAGAUCAAACCCGGAUCUUAAGAGUAAGUAUGGAAAAACUAUUUAAACCUCUACACGAGAAUUACAGUAAGUAUGUUCAACCCUGGAUCUCAAUCAAUCCAGAUGUUUUCAAGUCUAGAUGUAGUCUUUCUUAUGGUGUUGGUGAUUUUUUUCUGAUUUUUUUUUUAUUGUCAUUCACCCCAUCCUUCACCUUCUUUGGAUAUUUUUUUUCUUGUCGAGUUUAGUACAUAAACGUCCCGUACUUAACUUAGUCUAGUUUUUGUUUAUUUUAUAUUUACAUUUAUACCAUUUCACUCUCUGCUUUCUUCUGCUCAUCAGCACAUAUUUCUAUCUAUGAACGCUUUUAAAUAAAUAAACACAGCUUUUAUAUUCUUAAGCACCGAUAUCAUUCUAGAAUAUUCACAAUCAGCAGAUUCUGUCCCACAAACGCCAAUUUGGAUGAUGCAUCAGAGUCUUGUAUCAUUUUUUUUAAAAAAAAAUAAUUUUUGAUUCGAUGCUAUAUUUUGGAUUUGGUAUUAAGACGAAUUAAAAUGAUAAACAAACAGAUGCAAUAUCCAAAUAAUGGCAUUUUAGUUUUAAGGAUUACUCUUUUCGGUGACAGCAGGUGUCCGUGAUGUGAGUUGAUUAGCUCUGUGACCAGCUAUCACCGGGAAAAGUGGUCUCUAGUAUACAGUACCUAUAAUAGUUUUUAUUGAUUUAUUAACAGCUUGUGGAGACCACAAUUGUCAACUGCCCGCAUGUUACUGUGCUGGUAGCACCAUCCCAAAUGGUAUGCCACCAAAAGAUACACCACAAAUGGUUAUGCUCACCUUUGAUGAUGAAGUCUCUGCUGCUUAUUAUGGUUACUUCCAGCGAUUGUUCCGACCAGGCCGUUACAACCCCAAUGGAUGCCCAGUACGAGGUGGUCUAUUUGUUUCUGGUGAUGGUACCGAUUAUGAUCUUGUCUAUCCACUUUACGCCAUGGGUGUCGAGAUUGCUAGUCACACCAUGACCCACAGAUUCCCUCACACUUGGUGGGCAACUGCUUCUUAUGAUGAAUUUUAUGCUGAGAUUGAAGGUAUGAAAAGGGCCCUAGCCGAGAACUCCGGUGUACCAUAUGAUGCUAUCCACGGAUUCCGAGUUCCCUUCUUACAACUUGGUAGCGACAACAUGUACAAAGCCAUCUACGAUUCCAAACUUGUUUACGAUACCUCCAUGUUUACCGGUUCCGUCUGGGAAGGAGGAGAACCAGUCUGGCCAUUCACUCUUGAUUUCGUACCCCAAGAACAAUACUGUCAACAUGGACCCUGCCCUAAAAACCAAUAUCCAGGACUUUGGGAAAUUCCUGUCCAGCGAUGGUAUGGCGUUGAUGGUCACUCCUGUGCUAUGGCUGAUGGCUGUACUUCAACUGGUGAUGCCGAUGAAAUGUUGGAAUUCCUCCGAACCAACUUCAAGAGAUACUACAACACCAACCGAGCUCCUUUCGGUAUCUUUGUACACGCCAGGUGGUUCCACACAGAACACCACAUCGAUGCCUUGGAUGCAUUCAUCGAUGAACUCAUGAGCCUCAAUGAUGUCUAUAUCGUCACACCCAAACAAGUUAUAGAAUGGAUGAAGAAACCCACGCCCCUUAGCGAAGCUCAGUAUUUCCGACCAUGGUCUUGUGAAGGAUCAAUCCAGGACCAACACAGACGAUAGUUCGUUUAGGUUUUGUGAGAAUCAAGAUGACAUUUUGGGACUUUCAUGCAAUUUUCUGUGAUUUAUGUCAAUUGUCGGUCAGUACAUGAAAACUAUACAGGAUGUGACGUCAGAUCUGAAUGAGAUGAAUCUGUGAGUGAAUGGACAAGAAGUAAUGGCUGAUAGUUUUGUUAACCGUUUGUUAGAUAUUUAUUAAUUAUAAAAAAUCUCAUUCAAUGUCUAAUCCUUAAACUCGAACUAUUUUCAACUCGAACUAUUUUUGUAAGAGUAUUAGACAUAUACAACCUGUAUAAAAUGUAAAUAUGGCGGACGAUAAUCCAUUGGGAAACCUCAAAAACCUCAAAUUAAUGAAACUGGUAAAUUGGUUCUUUUCAUUCCAGGCUACUAACAAAACAUAGCCAAAAACAACGAGUGUUUAGUAGAGUUUAACAAACAUUGAAGCAAAUGGAUGUGAAAUUAUCUAAAUAACGAAAUAUAUUUUCAAAAGUUUCUUUUUUUGGCAAAAAUGCUAGUACACACAUAAAAGACAAAUGUGGUAUAUUCGACUAAAAGAAAAUUCAAUUGGUGUAAAUAAACUUUGUAUAUUUUUGUUGAAAACCCCGCUCGGUUUUAUCGUCCAACACGUAGUCAUAGUUCAUUAUAUAUCUUUUAAACAUAAUAUAUUGAUAACAAGUUCCUCUUAAUAUGGCGAAACUGAUUCGGUAAAACAGGUUCUAGAUCACCAUAGCAACAACAAUCUUUUUGGCUCUCUGUCACGAUCUUUUGUUACCCGAUUUUUUACCCCGAAUAUAUCAAAACGCUCACAACAAAAAUUGAAGUAGACUAAUUUCUCAGAAAGUUCAAGCAUCUUGUCGCAUAAUAAUAGAACUAUAUCAUAAUGUUUGGUUAGCAAUAAUGACGUUAACGUGAACGAAUAUUCGGAAAUUUCGGGAAUUUAAAAUUUAAUGAUGCUUUGAUAUAGUAUCGUUUCCGCUCUUGAAUAUCCAUGUUUAAAGAGGCACGGGCAGAUAACUCGUAACAUUUUUUUUAACCCGGAACUAUUUCCAUACUCUUGGUAGUCAUCGUGUUAGGGUCACGCUCUUCACAAAACGGGUAAGGCUUCGAAAGUUCGAUUACGAUCGAAAUGAAAUUUGACAUGCCUAUUUAUUGUAAAAUUGCGCAUCGAACGAGGGACUUCGAUCUUUGAUAGAAUUUUACAAUUCCAAGAUGGCUGCGAUGACGUCAUGAUCGGUUACUUGUUCAUAUAGUGCGGUCGUAUACUUAGUGAUCGACAUUUCACUUUUUAAAAAAGAAAAAUCUAAUAACAGCGACUCCACUCGUUCUUAUUCCAAAACUAAAUGACCCAAUGCUGCGGUCUGGAGUUGACCUCGGUAUGGCGCGUGAUUCGGUCUAGAGUUGACCUCGGUAUGGCACGUGAUUCCCUCUAAAGUUGACAUCGGUAUGGCGCGUGGUACGUGAUUCUGCUCGUGUUUCUGUUACAUCAGGAAGAUCUAGAAACGGCGAGGUACAGUUUCGUCAAUCAAUGGGGAGCUACUUGUAUAAAAAACACUCUUAAAUUAUGUAUAAAUUGUUUAACAUGUACAAUUGUAUAAAAUCACCCCCGAUGUUUACAUUUUUUAGCACUGAUGUCAAUAGGCUUGUGUUUUAUGGCAGUGUAAAUAAACACCGUGCAUUUAUAAAUAAAUCUAUUUUAUCAAUAA